AUGUUGAAGCCUACAGUCCAGAGUUGGGCUCUCCCUAGCUGUAGUUCUUUAUCGAAGCUGUUCUUUCGAUCUAUUUCCUCAAAGCAAUGGCAGGCCAGACAGGGUAAAGAUACCUAUACCAAGGAAGCAGGCAUGCAAGGGUUGAAGAGUCGAGCUGCUUUUAAGCUGUUGCAGAUCAAUGAUAGAUAUAGGUUGUUCAAAAGUGGCCAAACAGUAGUUGACCUUGGAUAUGCACCGGGAUCUUGGUCACAGGUCGCUUUCAACCUCACGAAACCCCGAGGACGCGUCGUCGGUGUCGAUAUAAUUCCUGCCCAGCCCCCAAGAGGAGUAUCAACCAUUCAGGGAAACUUCCUCUCCCCACGCGUACAAGAGUAUGUCAAGGAUUUCGUCCGGGAUCCACACCGCGGCCGGCCACGAUCACAGCUAUCUACUUUCACCGACCAGGAAGAAACAGCUCCAAACCCGGACCCCGAGAACGAUGAGGGUUAUAUAGACCUUGAACGAAGCUCUAGUGCUCAUAUAAAUAAAGAAGAACGGGGAGAAGAAAGUAAUCAACCACUGAGGAAUGCUAGAGUAGGGUCUGUUGACGUGGUUCUAAGUGACAUGCUGAUGAAUACAAGUGGCACCAAGUCCCGCGAUCACUUGGGCAGCAUGGAGCUAUGUAAGGCGGCGCUCGACUUUGCUUCUGUUGUUUUAAAACAGGGGGGCCAUUUCGUGUGCAAAUACUAUCAGGGAUCCGGGGAGAAGGAGUUCGAAAACGAAUUGAAACGGCUAUUCUAUAGGGUAUAUCGUGAGAAACCCGACUCAUCGCGCAGUGAAUCCAAAGAAGCUUAUUUCAUCGGUAUAAGGAGAAGAAUCGAAAAGGACAAAGAAGAUUAG